AGAGCUAGAUGAGCAUGUAAUCCAUUGUCGUCCAGCGGUUAGGAUAUCUGGCUUUCACCCAGGAGACCCGGGUUCGAUUCCCGGCAAUGGAACUUUUUAUUUCUAUUUUCCUUUUAUAUUCUUUACUUCUUGACGAUUUCCAGAAGGAAACAGUUCACAGUCUCUGAGAUUAGAAAUGCACAGAGUCUGGGUAGCUGCUUUUACAUCCCUCGAAACUCACUGAAGCUUUCAACUCAGUUGCUCAAAAGAAAUGAAUUCCAAUCUACCUCAGCACCAAAUUGGGCAAUCCCCAGCUAGGCUAGGCCUGGCAAAUCCCACUUCACCAUCUAUUCAAGUCCCUAAUCCUCCAAAACCCACUUCACAGCAAUCCAAUGAGUCGAAGCAAUCCAAUGCCUCUUCGACUCUUAUCUCUCUCCUCCCACCCCUCCCAAGAGCACAGUCCCUUCUUGUCCAAAUGGCCUCUCUAGCCUCCAAGCUCUUUGAAGUCUCGCCUAAUCGGUCCCUCUGGCUCAAUGCAUUUCGUGGCUCGUUGCCAACCUUUCUGCCUUCCCAAAGCCAAUCAGUGCCCAUUACUGCACUUGACUCCAAUCCUUCCUCCACCAAAGAUAUCCUGGCCCAGUUCACGGUGCUUCAAACGCAACUCUUUGAGGCUGUUGCCGAGCUCCAGGAAAUUCUUGAUCUUCAGGACUCUAAGCUGAAAAUUGCACGUGAAAUCCGGUCCAAAGAUGCUGCACUUCUUGCCUUUACCAAGAAACUUAAGGAUGCCGAGCAGAUUCUUGAUAACCUUGUUGAUGACUACUCUGACUUUCGUUGCUCCAAGCGGCCAAAACAGGAGGAGGAGGAUGCAGAAGAUGAGGAAUCUUCAUGCACUACUACUGUUACUUCUAAGUUGAAAUUAUCGGAUAUUUUGUCAUAUGCCCACCGGAUAAGCUACACAACCUUUGCACCGCCUGAUUUUGGUGCCGGACAAGCUCCUCUUCGUGGGGCACUCCCACCUGCCCCACAGGAUGAACAAAUGCGUGCUUCUCAGCUAUACCAUUUUGCAAACCUUGAUGUGGGAUUACCUAAGACAGUUGAGAGCGAGGAGAAAGCAUUUGAUGCAAUAAUGGAGCCCCCACCUCCACAACCAACAGAAUACAAUCAACAAGCUGGCAUGGUUCCGUUUCAGGGAAUACUUCCUCCAAAUUUCACAAUUCCACCAGGUUGGAAACCAGGAAUGCCUGUGGAAUUGCCAACUGAUUUACCUCCGCCCCCACCUGGAUGGAAACCUGGAGAUCCAGUGCCGUUGGACGCUCUCCCCAUACAUGUGCCCCCACAAGUACGGGCUAGUGCUCCUCAAGGAAUACAUAAACCACCAGCGACAAUACAGGUUCAGCAUGUUCAGCUUGAUAUUGUGGAUCAAGAUGAUGAUAGUAGUGAUUAUAGUAGCGAUGAGGGAAGCUCCGAAGAUGAUGAUUAAAUAGAAGUGUUCUGUUAGUAGCACUCUUAGAAAAGGUGUAGAGAAUGAUUGGAAGUUGAUGCAGGGAAUGAACUUUAUCAGCUUGGAAUCAUCACUUAACACUUGAUAUGAGAUUUAUGUACAUCUCUAAUUUCUAAAGUAGAGUUGUUUCAUUAGUGUGUACUUAAGAGUUAAUAUACCAACUCAAAUGCUGUUGUUGAUCUUAAGGUCUCUCCAACAUUAGGUAGACCUCAGGAGUUGAUUAAGUUUGCAGUUCAAGCAUACCCAUGAUGUGAUAAUACAAUCCUCUUAAACUUUGAAA